UGUCAUGUGAAUGUCAUCAAAAGCUUUUAUCAUCAUUAAUUCUCUUAACUCAUAUUGCUCUGAUAUGUUUUCUAAUCCAUUCAUAUUGUUGUUCUGUUCCUAUCCCAUAUAUUUCCAUUGCUAUAACCUUUUGUGAACCUUUAACUGAACUGAAUUGGAAUAUGGCUGAACUUGUGAUUGGCGCUGUUAUCUCUUCUUCUUUAGAUUUUUUGCUGAAAAGGGUUGCAUCUCCUUACUGUAAGGAGUUCUUCAAAGAAAAUGAAAGUUCUGUUGUUUCUGAGAGACUUUUCAAGUUGAAGUCAACGUUAAAUUGUCUAGCUACAGUUCGUUUCGAGGUUGAGAAUAAGAGAAUCAAAAACCCUGCUGUGGAGAAGUGGCUGGAAGAUCUUCUGGAUGCUGUCGAUGAUGCUGAAAACUUCUUUGGUGAUAUUGAAUACAAUGCUAUGAAACCCAACAAACCUGAUGAGUUAAAGAAAGCAAAAAGGAAGGCAAUUCAUAAGUUACUCUCUCGUUUCUCUGAACCUUCUAAUUCAGCUGAUCAUAAAAGGAACACUAACAUGGUAGAGAUUCUUAAGAGGUUGGAGUACUUAGCCAAUCAAAUUGGCUACUUGAAUCUUGAAAAGAAUGUUGUUGAUGUGAAACCAUCAGAAAGAUUAUGUGCUAAGACUUCUUUGCCAGAUGAACCUGAAAUUUACGGUAGAGACACUGACAAGGAUGACUUGAUGAAGUUGUUGGUGUCCGAUGAAGAUAGUAGUGAAAAGAUACAUGUCAUUCCCAUAGUGGGAAUGGGUGGGAUUGGGAAAACUACCCUUGCUCAAACUCUUUUCAACGACGAACAAGUGAAGCAGAUGUUUGAAUUUAGAGCCUGGGUGUAUGUUUCAGAUAAAUUUGAUGCCAUGGCUGUGACAAAAACCAUCCUUCAAGAAGUAGCCCCAGAUGAUGCUUGGGAAGAUGAUUAUGUUGAGUGGACAGAAGUGAUGAAGCCUUUCAACGGUGGGUCAAAAGGCAGCAAAAUAAUAGUAACAACAAGAAAUGAAAAAGUUGCGGAUAGCAUUCGAACUGUUGGUACACACCGUCUUAGAGAAUUAUCAGAAGAUGACUGUUGGGCACUAUUUGUCAAGCACUCUUCCAGUGGGAAUUCUAGAAAGUUUAUUGAGAACCCGAAAUUGGAAAGCAUAGGUAGAGAAAUUGCUAAGAAAUGUAAUGGUUUACCUUUAGCUGCUAAAGUCCUAGGAGGCCUCUUGAGAUCAACGUUGGAUGCUAACAGAUGGGAACAAAUAGCAAAGAACAAUAUUUGGGAGCUGACACGUGAAAGGAGCAAGAUUCUUCCAGCUGCUUUAGAAUUGAGCUUCUUCUAUCUUCUACCACACUUGAAAGGAUGUUUCGCUUAUUGUUCAAUAUUCCCAAAAGGCUAUGAAUUUCAAAGACAAGAGUUGGUCUUACUAUGGAUGGCUGAAAAUCUUGUGAAGCAUUCCGAGGGGAAUAAAACAAUGGAAGAAGUGGGCGAUGAGUAUUUUGAUGAUUUAGUAUCUAUGUCAUUUUUUACAAAAACCAAGACCUUGGCAGGUACAUCUUAUUUUGUCAUGCAUGAUCUUAUUGUUGAUUUGGCUAGAAUUGUUUAUGGGAAAUACUCUUGUUUAUUAGAGCACAACGAAGACAUUGUUAAGUUGGAGAAGAAAACACGCCACUUUGGAUGUGUCACAAAACUCUUGUAUCUAGAUAACAAGAUGUCUAACAGUUUUGAAGCUACACGCCUGCGAACAUUUUUAACUUUAGGUUCACGGUAUCCUAAAAUUAGUAUUUCUAAGGAACUAGUGCAGAAUUUGUUACUGAAGCUAAAAUGUUUGAGAGUUUUAUCUUUCUGUUAUUCAUGUUUGAUUGAGUUGCCAAAUUCAAUCGGUGAGCUUAAACAUCUUCGCUUUUUAGAUCUUUCUGGCACUGAGAUUGUGAAGUUGCCGGUAUCUCUAACUAUGUUAUACAAUUUACAGACUUUAAAGUUAGAAUAUUGUCGUCUACUUGAAACUUUGCCUAAAAAUAUGCAUCACCUCAUUAAUUUGAGACAUCUUAUUAUCAGUGAAGCUAACCUAGUAGAGAUGCCAAGCCAAAUAAGUAAAUUGACAAAUCUCCAAACAUUGACAAUGUUCGUUGUGGGAAAGGAUAGUGGUGCUGAAAUAAAAGAGUUGACCCAACUUUCAAGUCUACAUGGAGAAGUUUCCAUUAAGAAGUUAGAAAAUGUGGUCAAUGUUGCAACACCAUCAAAUCUAAUCAAUGUAUUGGAUAAGAAGAAACUUGAGAAAUUGAGUUUGGAAUGGAGUUAUUUAAAUAGAUCAAUUGAUCCAAAGCAUGGAAAGAGUGUGCUUGAAAUGCUUACACCUAACACAACGUUGAAGGAGCUCAAGAUUCUUCAUUACCCGGGCAAAAAGUUUCCAUAUUGGGUUGGAAAUGAAUCGUUUAGCAACAUUGUUAAAGUAAGUCUACGUGGGUGUCCGCAUUGCUCCAAUUUACCACCACUUGGGCAGUUGCCUUUGCUAAAACAUCUUUGCAUCUCAGGAUUCAAUUCGGUAGUGACAGUGGGUGCUGAGUUUUAUGGGAAUAGUUCUGGGAGAAAGCCAUUUUCAUCAUUGGAAACAUUAAGCUUCAGCAACAUGUUAUCAUGGGAGCAAUGGCAUUCAAUGCAAACUGAAGAGGUAUCAACAUAUGGAAAGCUUAAAGAACUUGUGAUUAAAGAUUGUCCAAAGCUCAUAGGGAAAUUGCCUCACUUUCUUCCUUCCCUAACAAAUAUAAAAAUUGAAGGACAUUAUCAUUUUGCAUUAAUCCUCCCAAGAUUACCAUGUGCUAGAGAAAUAAAAAUUGUAAGUGUAGAAAAUACAGAGUCAUUGUACCAGACAAUAAAGCCAAUGAGUCCUACUUCUACCUACCAUCCUCUUCAGUCUCUUUGGUUAGAAGAUUGUGGAUCAUCAUUUAGAUCCCUCCAUUUGGAUUUAUUUCCCAAUCUCAAAACUCUUACUAUUACAAUAUGUGACUAUUUUGAAGCCCUCUCAGUGUCAGAUGGGAAAUCUCUUCAGGAACUAACAUCUUUGUCAUCUUUACAGAUAGAUAGUUGUUGUAGUUUUGUAUCUUUCCCAAAGGGUGGACUUAUUGCUCCCAAGCUGAGUGAAUUCACAAUCAGCAAUUGUCCUAAACUCAAGUGGUUACCUGAGAAAAUGGCUUUGCUCUCAUCUUUAAAGUUUUUGAUACUAUUUCGUUGCCCGUUGAUAGAGACUUUUCCUGAAGGUGGUAUGCCUGCUAGUUUGUUUUCACUUUGGAUAUCUUAUGAUGAACUUUUGAGGAUGAAGCAGAACUGGCAAACAUUACCCCAUCUUACCAAUCUUUUUAUUGGUGGAAAUUACAAUGAAGAUACAGAAUCAUUUCCGGAGGAAGGGCUACUACCUCCCACUAUUACCUUUCUUCGUAUCUUCAUGUUUUCAAAACUGAAAAGUCUGGAUAAAAAUGGGCUUAGACAACUCACCUCCUUGCAAACACUUGAUAUUUCCAACUGUCCUGAGUUGCAGACAUUGUCAGAAGAAGGGUUUCCAACUUCACUCGGGUCUUUGUAUGUAAGGGAGUGUCCUCUGGUGAGGAAAAAGUAUGACCCGAAGGAGAGUGGGAAUGAGGAGUACUGGACCAAGAUUUGUCACAUUCCCAAUGUCACAAUUUAGCAUCCACACAACAACUGCUGCAAAUGAUUUAAUUGAGGUAUAUACUAUAUACUGAGAAUCUGAGAGUGGAAAGAUUUGUGGAUGGAUUAUUUAGAAGAAUCUAUAGCUGGUAUGGAUUGAGAUUCACAAUUUGAUUUGUUUUGCUAUGUAUGUAUGUAUGCUCAUUGGAAUUUUUAGUGAAGUUUUUCAGAUGUUGAAAUGUCUACUGUUUCCAGAUUUAACCAAAAUUAGUCACAUACCCAAUGUCAAAUUUUACCCCAUAACUGCUCAGAUUGAUUAUAAUUGAGGCUUUAUGAGAAUCCCCUGGUUUUGUUCUAUUAUUCAUUUGGAGUUUAAUGGUGUGCAUGAGCUAUAAAAUUGUUAGGGAGCUCCUUUAGGAAGGAAGCAAAGAGGUAGCUUCCACAACAUGAAACAAGCAAUGCUAUGCUCGUGUUAGAUUGUAAUUUUGUUGUUUUUGUAUUUGUGCGUGUGGGGUUUAGGACACUUAGACAACACUUCUGACUACCUUGACAGUUGGUAGUUAAGUCAGUUAGUCCUGUCCUAACUAACCUAGCUCUAUAAAUAGAAGGUUUAUGAUUCACUUGUAUGAGAGAGAUCAAGUUAGUGAGUAAAGCACAAUUAAAACUCAGCUUGUAAUUGAGAUGAAUUCUCUUGGGUGAUUAGUUGAGGAUGAGGGUUGUAAAAGGCAUUUCUAUGUGUUUGAUUGGAUUGCCUCAAGUGAGAUUAAGUUUGUAAUUGAUGUGUAUCACCACUAGUGUUCUUUGUGUUCUUAAUCCAAGUGUUUGUAACAUUGAUUCUUGCCAUUCAAUAUCAAAAUCAUCAGAAGCCAACAGAGUUGUUUUCUA